UUUCUUUAAUCUUCAUCUUUCGAAUUAGGACAUGGAGUUAAGUUGUGGCUAAUCGCUUCGGUGUUCUAAUCAGAAGCAGUUCCUUCCCCUCCAUUUUGGUUGAUUUUUAGUCUAGUGAUUUCUUUUCCAGGCAUGGCUGGAAAGAAACGUAAGCGAACUGUUAUAUGCCUGUCUUCAUCUUCCGACGACGACGAAGAAGAAGUAGAAAACGAGGGAGAUGACUCCGAUGACGACGACGACGAAGAAGACGACGAGGAGUGUGGCGCUUCAACUUGCAGUGAGGGGAGUGACGAUGAGGUGAUGGAAACCGAUGAUGAUGAAGAAGAUCUAGAGGAUGAUGAUGAUGAUGAUAAUGAUGAUUAUAUCUGCAACAGAGUCAUCCGCCUUCUCCAAGAAGGGAGUGAUAUAAAAGAGCUAAAACUGAAAGAAUGUAAGGUGUAUUUGAGGAAGCAUGGCCUGAGAAUAACAGGAACUAAGGAAGUAUGUAUAGAGAGAAUUAAAGAGCACUGGAGAAUAAAAGAGGGAAAUGGUGAAAUGCUUUAUCCCAAAUCUUCAUUUUUUAUUAAUUGUACAGGUGAUGUCUGUAAGGGAGAUGUUGUUCUCUUCACACAGAAAGUUUAUGCAAAGUUUGACAAAGUGAAAAGAAAUGGGAAGCUUCUAGGCAAGAGAACUAUUGCUGGGAGGAUUGUUAAGGAAAGCUAUGGUGCAGCCAAACAACAACAUACAUUUACAGUUGAAGUAUUGUGGAGCAAAGGGAUUAAGAAGUUGCCUCCUCUUUUUCCCUUGCUUGUGAAGGGCCGUAACCUGUAUAAAUUGAAGACUUUCAGACAGCGUUGGAAAAAUGAAGCAGAACGAUUACAAGUCCUUGCUGAGAAGCAUAAACGAGGUGCUGCAGCAAGACUUGUCAGAGCAAAGAAGAAAGCAAAGAAGAAAUUGUCUUCAAAUGGAGGUGAAGAGUAUCAGAAACAUUUCCACCAUACAAGACCACCUCAAGUGAGAAGGAGAACUACAUCAGGAAAGGGGAAGCGAGUUGAUGAAUGUGGAAGGGCUACAGCAAUGGGACAUGCAAAGUUAAAUGAUCAUUGUCAAAAGGCCCUUCCAAUUGGACAGGCGAGUAUAAAGUCAAGAGCCCCUGAAUCCUCACAGUGGCAUCAGAGGCUCUCAUAUCCCUCUAAAGUCACAGCUUCCAAUAUCCAGUUGCAUACUGAUCCUGCCCACAAUUUUUACCACUCUCCAAUGGAAUUUCACCAUGGAAAUACACCAUACCGGUGUUCUAGUCAUGAUAUGGGCUCCACUCCAAAUAUGAUGAGAUUGCCGCCUUUUAGGCCUUAUGCUGAUACAUUUGUAAUGCCUCCAUCAUGGCAUCAGGGGGUAAACAAGAGCAAUUAUAAUACCUACCAUGCUUAUUCAAAUCCCCGCAACGAGUUUGAAACAAGAAAUUUGAACCGCUUUCCUGUGCAUCCAUUUUCUUUGGGAACUGAAACAUAUAGAGGAAGGAAGAAAGGCUCUCACACUGGUCGACGUUAGGAUGUUAUGUCCUGGGAUCUGAAAGCUGUGUUGUUUCGCCCUGUUGGAAUUCUGCAGCACCUUCUUCCUCAUGGAAUUGGUUUUUGUACAAGCUACUUUUAGACUGGUAAGUCCUGAUCUUUUGAAUUAUAUAUUGUGCUGGUUAGAAACUGCUAUAAUGAGACAACAAUCACAUUCAUUGAUUAGCUUUCCCGUUCAUAUGUUGAUGAAUUACUUUUACUGUCUUUGAUCUGA